CUUAAGGACAAGCAACAAGCAUGGUGUAGUGUCGUAAUCGUCUUUUGAUAAAUAUAUUAAGUCCUUUAUGCUUUAAUAGUUUGUUUCAUAACAAAUUUUCAUUGUAAUAAAAAAAGACAUUAGAAACAUAUUGUGAAUAUGGGUAACGUAUUCGCCUCUAGUGUCGCUCCACCACCUAUAACUGGACCUGUGCCUUCACCUAGUUUAUCGGAUCAGACCGGUGUUUCAAAAAAUUCUACAAAAACUGCUUCAGAUAACAAUCCAGGAACAGUAGAAGAUCUACACAAAAAAUGCAAAGAUGUUUUCCCAACACUAUUUGAAGGUUCCAAGAUUAUGGUUAACAAAGCUCUGAGUAAUCAUUUUCAGAUCAGUCAUACUUUAAAUAUGACCAACAGUACUCCAGCUGGAUAUCGCUUUGGGGCAACAUACGUAGGAACAAAUCAAGUUGGUCCCAUGGAGGCAUAUCCAAUUUUGUUGGGCGAUAUUGAUCCAAGUGGCAACAUGAAUGCAAAUAUCUUUCAUCAGUUUAAAAAUAUCCGAGGAAAGUUUGCUGCACAGGUUCAAGAUUCAAAGUUUGUAGCUACACAGGUAUCUGCUGAUUAUAAGGGAUCUGAUUUUACGGCUUCCUUAACAUUGGGGAACACAGAUGUCCUUAAUGGUUCUGGAGUAACAGUUAUGCAUUAUCUUCAGAAUGUUAUGCCUUCUUUAGCAUUGGGUGCAGAAAUGGCCUAUCAGUAUGGACCCCAAGUUCCUGGUGGAGAAAUUGCUGUGAUGUCUUUAGUUGGAAGGUAUACCGGCACUAAUUAUGUAGUUAGUGGAACAUUAGGCUCUGCUGCAGUUCAUGCUUGUUUUUAUCGUAAAGAAAAUGAGAAUAUUCAGGUUGGAGUUGAAGUAGAAACAAAUUUAAGGUUAGGCGAAAGCUUAUGCACAUUUGGUUAUCAGGUUGAUUUACCAAAAGCAAACAUGACCUUUAGGGGUAUGGUGGACACAAAUUGGACUGUUGGUGCUGUUCUAGAGAAAAAACUACAACCUUUGCCUUUUACCCUAGGUCUGAGUGGAAUGAUUAAUCACACUAAAAAUCAAAGUCGAUUUGGAAUUAGUCUUAUUAUAGGUUAAAAUCAUACUACUUGCACAAAUUUAAUGGUGUGAUUUAGUGUAGUAAAUCAAAAAAAAAAAUCAUUAUUUAAAAAAUAAAGCAUGCUUUGUUAUCAUUUCAUAAUCAAGUUUAUUUACCAAACAUCUGUUUUUUAAAAGUUUUGCUUCAUCCACAUUCCAUAUGUGAAUGCUAAAUUGUUACAAAUAUUGCAAUCAUACACAAAGAAUUUUUUGAUAAAUAAUGCUUUAUUUAUGCACAACUACAUACCAUAUUGUAAUAUAUAGAAUACUGUUGAAAAUUAGUUCUAUAUGAUAGACAAUUUAGAAUUGGAAAUUCUAAAGAAACAAAUUUGUAGACUUUUGUAUGAAAUUUUGUUCAGCAGUUCUCAAUAGAAAUUUUUCAUUAUAAGUUAUUUUUAUGUUUUAUAGAAAUCUAAAUCAAGCAUCAUUAAAUUAAGUGUAACAAUUAGCUCUGUACAGACUCAAUCUAUUUUAUGUAGUUUGUAUAGAUCAUAUAACAUGUGUGCUAAGUCCGAAUGUAAAUAAAGAUCAAAGCAUAUAACUUGUCAUCCAUUGAAAAACAAAUGGUAAAAUAAAUGAUAAUUCUUUAA